ACUUUGACCUUUACUAUCACUCAAUAUUAUCAAUGUUAAAAUUUGAGAAUGAUAACUGUUCAUCUUCCCUAAGAAUGAAUAAACCCACCAAGAAUCUUAUCUUUGUAUUAAGCCAAAUCAACCACAACCAAAACCAAUAAACAUUACUGGAUUACAUUAAUUGAAUCGUUUUGUAUUUUCGUCUCGAUAUUCACUGAAUAAGUAAUCACUAUCAUCAUGGUUCUUGUAAUUCCAAACAAAUUGGAUCCAUCAAUGAUAAAAAAUGUUUACAUUAAUAAACAGAGCGUAGAUUCGCAGGUGAAAACAAUAAUACAAAACAACCCAGUUUACAGCAAAGAAAACUAUACAGCUUGGUUAAUCAAAGCUGUGACACUCAUAGAUCUAACCACACUCUCUGGAGAUGAUACUAAUUCAAACGUUAGAAGACUGUGUAUCAAGGCUGCAAAUCCACUAUCCACAGAUUUAUGCAAACACUUAAAGCUUAAAGAGUGCACUGUGAGAACAGCAGCUGUUUGUGUAUAUCCUAGUCGGGUAAUAGAUGCCUAUUCAACUAUCAAACGAAUGGGGCUCACAAAUGAUCUCAUGAUUGCUUCUGUUGCAACGGGAUUUCCUUCUGGCCUCUAUCCUAUAAACUCAAGACUAGAUGAAAUCAAAGCAGCAGUUUUCAAUGGAGCUACAGAAAUAGAUAUAGUGGUUGAUCGAAGUCUAAUACUCUCAGGCAAAUGGGAAUCAUUAUUUGAUGAGCUGCAGCAAAUGAAAACAGCAUGUGGAAAUGCACAUAUGAAAGUUAUUCUUGGAGUUGGCGAACUUGGAUCUUAUGAAAAUGUAUACAAAGCCUCUAUGGUGUCAAUGUUUGCUGGAGCCAAUUUUAUAAAGACAUCUACAGGAAAAGAAGCUGUGAAUGCUACUCUGCCAGUUGGCCUCGUAAUGUGCCGAGCUAUUCGACGCUUUUAUCAACUAACUGGUAUUAAGGUGGGACUUAAACCAGCUGGUGGUAUCAAAACUGCUGAGGAUGCCGUCAACUGGCUCGUUUUGGUGCACAAUGAGUUGGGUGUGGAAUGGCUUACUCCUAAAUUAUUCCGUAUCGGCGCUUCCAGUUUACUCGAUGUUGUUGAGAAUUAUUUGCAACAAAAUAAUAGUAACUAAUCAAAAAUUUUAUGAAAUCAUAUAUUUUUGUAUGUAAAUUUUUCCUUAUACACAUUAUUGAUACUGUUUAUGGUAGAGUAGCUAGAUACUUUCUGUGAUACCUAUCUGAGGAAAUCGCCAAAUAUUUUAUGAUAUCUUACAAAAUUAUACUAAAUUUAUAUUAAUGUACAUUAAUAUAUUUAGUUAAUACUUUUAAAAUUAUUAUUUAAAUGGAAAACUUAUAUUUUUUAUAAAAAUUUGUAUUGAAAUUGUUAAGUAUAAAUAAUCUAUUUAGAUUAUUAGGAAUCUAUUCAGAUACAUUGUAUAUUGACAAAAGAGGAAGUCAUAUGGGUUAUAAUUAUGGUUAAUGCAUAUAUAUUGUUUUAUAUAAUAAAAUAAAAAGUUCAAAAUCUAACUGAAGUACUUAAUUUUCUUGUACCUAUUUAGUAUUAAAAACUGUGUGUUAUAUAGCUUUUAAUACUAUAUAUUAAGUAUUUAAAGCUAUAUAUUAUAUUAAAAAUUCAACUAUAGAUAUUUAUUAGUCAAAAUCGAUCCGAUAGAUACAAAAAAAUAUUUCGGCUUUUAUUGAUUUCAUUAUGAGCCUCAUAUAUUUUUUUCUAAGGUAUCUCU